ACUUAAGCAGAAAGAAGGUCGAUACCUUUCAAGUCUCUCUCUUCUACUCCAAUCUCUACUCUUCCAAUGGCGCCAGAACCUGAAGAUAUCAAGGACGAGAAGAACCCUAGACUCCUCGAUGAGGACGACAUCGCCCUCCUCAAGACCUAUGGAUUAGGGUCUUACUCUACUCAUAUUAAGAAGGCUGAGAAGGAAAUUAAGGAGAUGGCUAAAAAGGUCAAUGAUUUAUGUGGUAUUAAGGAGUCUGACACUAGUCUAGCUGCUCCCAGCCAGUGGGAUCUUGUUUUGGAUAAGCAGAUGAUGCAGGAGGAGCAACCUCUGCAGGUUGCGAGGUGCACCAAGAUUAUCAGUCUCAAUUCAGAAGAUGCUAAAUACGUCAUCAACGUUAAGCAAAUUGCAAACUUUGUAGUCGGCCUGGGUGACAAGGUUUCCCCAACAGAUAUAGAAGAAGGCAUGCGUGUCGGGGAUGAUCGAAACAAAUAUCAAAUUCAGAUUCCUUUGCCUCCAAAAAUUGAUCCAAGUGUGACCAUGAAGACUGUGAAAGAGAAGCCAGAUGUGACGUAUAACGAUGUCAGUGGAUGUGAGGAGUAGAUUUAGAAGAUGCAAGAAGUUGUUGAGCUACCCAUGCUUCACCCUGAGAAAUUUGUGAAGCUUGGAAUUGAUCCUCCUAAGGGUGUUCUCUGUUAUGGUCCUCCAGGGACUGGUAAAACACUUCUAGCUAGAGCUGUGGCUAACAGAACUGAUGCUUGUUUCAUUCGUGUUAGUGGGAGUGAAC